UCAUGUGUCAGAGAGACCUCCCUCUGCUGGUUUGACGCCUCCCGCGCCAAACUGGGGCCCAGUCUGCAUGAUGGCACAACUAAACUUCCCCAAAACUCUCACAGUUUUUUCAAAGCUGAUGAACUGCUGACAUCUCUGACAGUUGCUGCAGCUGAAACUAUCAAAUGCAUCACAUCCUGCACACCGGAAGAUUUUUACUGGGAAACCCCUGCCACACAGCCUGGCACAAGUGUUGCUCGAGCUUUUCAAAGAUGAUGCGUGCAGUGUGUGUUGACGUACCAGGAGGACCGGAGAAUUUACUGCUGCGAAGUGUCCCCAGACCUCAGCUGAAAGAUGGAGAAGUCCUUAUUAAAGUUCACGCAACUGCCCUCAACAGGGCCGACCUACUGCAGAGGCGAGGACUGUACCCACCUCCCCCAGGUGAGAGUGACAUCAUAGGCCUGGAGGUGGCUGGCACUGUGGAUACUCUGGGCCCCGGGGUGAAAGGAGACUGGAGGCUAGAUGAGCGGGUCAUGGCUUUGCUCCCCGGAGGAGGAUAUGCAGAAUAUGUUUCUGUGCCAGAGCAGCUUCUCAUGCCCGUCCCCUCUAAUCUGACUCUCUGCCAGGCGGCUGCGAUCCCAGAGGCCUGGCUCACCGCUUUUCAGCUGCUCGCUUUUGUAGCUCAGGUGAAGGAGGGUGAAGUAGUUCUGGCUCACGCUGGAGCCAGCGGAGUCGGCACAGCUGCUGUUCAGCUGGUCCGUCUGUUUGGUGCCGUGCCCGUCGUUACUGCUGGGAGCGCAGAAAAACUGAAGAUAGCGGAGAAUCUGGGAGCAGCCGCUGGGUUCAAUUACAAAGAGGAGAGCUUCGCACAGGGAGUUCAUGACUUCACAGGAGGCAAAGGAGCAAACAUCAUCCUCGACUGCGUCGGUGGGUCUAACUGGGAGCAGAAUGUGAGCUCUUUGGCCACUGACGGCAGGUGGGUGCUGUACGGCACCAUGGGGGGCAGGUCGGUGAAUGGAGAUCUGCUGGGCAAACUGCUCGCCAAGCGGGGCCACUUGCUCUGCAGCCUCCUCCGCUCUCGCAGCCUCCAGUACAAAGCAGAGCUUGUGAAGGCGUUUUCACACAGGGUGUUACCGUGUUUCUCAGACCAGCCAGCGUCACUGAGGCCUGUCAUCGACAGCACCUUCAACCUGGAGGACAUCGCAGACGCUCACAGGCACAUGGAGGCCAAUAAGAACACGGGGAAGAUCGUCAUUAAUGUGGUUCCACAGAGUCAGUGAUGAACAGCUGCAGUGACACUGACAGAAAUAUAAUUACUCUGAUUUAUGUCAGACAAUCUACCAACACAGUGUUAUCUGAAAACUAUUUAUCUAAUACAAAAGUUGAUUUUAAAUAUUCAUCCACUAAUAGUCCGAUGAUGAUUUUUUUUAUCUGUAACAACAUGAAUAACCACUACUAAAUGUUUAUUAUCAGUACUGUGAUUCUGUAUCUGUGAAAGGUGCUACAAAAAUAAACUUUACAUAUUUACUUACA